ACUCACUUUCUCCAGUCGGUGAGAAGAGGCAACAGACGAUUAAUCCUCGAGUUAAUUGAGUUGGUUUUGAAUUAUUCACACAUGACUCGCUGUUUGGUCCAAAUUGGUUUAUUUUCCCUGUUAUUGGAGUCGGAGGACAUCAUGCGUCGCUUGGUAAAGGAACAAAUUUAAGGGUCGACGAACACACUCACAUGAGCGGUAGCGGUGCUGUAGGAGCUAAGCUAACAGUGCACGAAAAAGAAAAGCUGCUUGGAUUGACUUCUUGGAGGCUCGUGAGCUCCUGCUGUUUAUCUGUUAGCUUGUGUUCGACGGUUUGGUGCAAACACUGCCGCUGAUGGACGCCCCAGAACGGAGAAGAACAGCUACAUGUCGUCGGAGCUUCUAGCGUUAGCUUCAGCCAGCUCCGGAGGAUAACGUUACCUGUGGGGUUUUACUCCCCCCCCACCUUUCUUUUGGAUACACGACCUGAAGGAGCAACCGUAAAGUCCUGUCGUCGUUACUCAUCUCCACGUUUCUGAGAAAGAAUAAACACUUAGCAGAGGACCUGGAGUGGACAAGACAAUUGUGGCCUGAGCAGAGAGACAGGCAGACAGAACUCAUGUCAAGGCCUUCUCCUCCUCAGACAGCCUAGCGAAGGUCCAGGAGGUAGCAAGCUGGCUUUUGGAAAUGAACCAGGAUCUGCUGUCGGGGGGCAGCAGCAGCAGGCAGAGUCGAGGGCCGGGGGGUCCGGCAGUGCGAGGUAACGCUUCCUCCACAGCCCGGGCACCCCAGCAGGCAGCAGAAGAGGGUGAUGAAGAUGAACACAUGCACCGGGUGGUGGAGGAGGAAGAGCGGCAGCACAGGCCUGGAGGAUCACAGGUUGACGGUGAGAGAGAGCGGCCAUGGGCACCUAGUGAGUCCAGAGCCAGCAAUGGCGCUCGGGGAGAGGAGGAAGGAGAACGACAUGAAGAGGGACCACCAAACGAAGUAAAUGGUGACGAGAAGGGAGCCCAGUGGAUGUGGGGUGCCGAGCAGAGGCGGUUACGAGGCCAGCCGGUGGGAGAAGAUGACGAGGAGGAAGAGGAAGAGAACAACAAUAGCACCAGCCACCAAGAAGAGGAAGAGGGUGAGGAGAGGACAGAGGGAGGGGAGAGCCAAGGAAGAGAGGACGAUGAGAAGGAAGAGGGUGAGGAUGAAGAGGAGGAGGACGAAGAGGAGAUGGACCAAGACAGUGAUGACUUUGAACACUCAGGCGAGAGUGGGAGGGAGGAGGAAGAGGAGGAGGAGGAAGGACAAGUGGAGCAAGGGCUACGGUCUCCUUCUCUCAGGAAGAAUGUGUCCACCCCCAGCAACAACCUGGACUCAGCCUGCACACACCAAAGCUCUUCCAACAAGAAGAUGAAGAGAAAAUUGGACCAUGGCCCAGAGGUCCGAUCUUUCCCUUCUGGAAAAAAGCCCUGCAAAGGCCCGGAGUACCCAAGCCCGACAGGAAUUGUUCCUUGUCCAGCUACUCCCACCACAUUUGGUCACAUUCGAACAGCUAAUGGUCAGGGGCAGCAGAGACGACGCAUCACCUCAAUUCAGCCACCCACGGGUCUCCAAGAAUGGCUCCGAACAUUUCAAAGCUGGACUGGUCCAGAAAAGCUGCUUGCGCUGGAUGAGUUGAUUGACAGCUGUGAACCCACACAGGUCAAGCACAUGAUGCAGGUGAUCGAGCCGCAGUUUCAGAGAGACUUCAUCUCGCUGCUGCCUAAAGAACUGGCUUUGUAUGUGCUGUCGUUCCUGGAACCGAAGGAUCUCCUCCAAGCAGCCCAGACAUGUCGCUAUUGGCGCAUCCUGGCAGAAGAUAACCUGCUGUGGAGGGAGAAGUGCAGGGAAGAGGGCAUCGAUGAGCCUCUGCCACUCAAGAAGAGGAAGAUAGUCAAACCUGGCUUCACCCACAGUCCCUGGAAGAGUGCCUACAUCAGGCAGCACAGAAUAGACACAAACUGGAGGAGAGGAGACCUCAAAUCACCCAAGGUCCUGAAAGGACAUGAUGAUCAUGUGAUCACCUGUCUCCAGUUCUGUGGCAACCGCAUCGUCAGUGGUUCUGAUGAUAACACGCUGAAGGUUUGGUCGGCCAUCACAGGAAAGUGUCUGCGGACAUUGGUGGGUCACACAGGCGGCGUGUGGUCAUCACAGAUGCGAGACAACAUUAUCAUCAGCGGCUCCACCGACCGCACGCUCAAGGUUUGGAACGCGGAGACAGGAGAAUGUAUCCACACCCUCUAUGGGCAUACCUCAACAGUGCGCUGCAUGCACCUACACGAGAAGAGGGUGGUCAGCGGCUCCCGUGACGCCACACUGCGUGUCUGGGACAUUGAGACAGGUCAGUGUUUACACGUCCUAAUGGGCCAUGUGGCGGCAGUGCGCUGCGUCCAGUACGACGGUCGGCGGGUGGUCAGCGGUGCCUAUGACUUCAUGGUCAAAGUGUGGGACCCUGAAACGGAAACUUGUCUGCACACGCUGCAGGGCCACACCAACAGAGUCUACUCAUUACAGUUUGAUGGCAUCCACGUUGUCAGCGGCUCACUGGACACGUCCAUCAGGGUUUGGGACGUGGAGACGGGCAACUGCAUCCACACACUCACCGGGCAUCAGUCCCUCACCAGCGGCAUGGAGCUGAAGGACAACAUCCUGGUCUCAGGCAACGCAGACUCAACUGUCAAAAUCUGGGACAUCAAGACAGGCCAGUGCCUGCAAACUCUGCAGGGUCCCCACAAGCACCAGAGCGCCGUCACAUGCCUGCAGUUCAACAAGAACUUUGUCAUUACCAGUUCAGAUGACGGCACAGUCAAGCUGUGGGACCUGAAGACGGGCGAGUUCAUUCGGAACCUGGUGACCCUGGAGAGCGGGGGCAGCGGUGGUGUAGUGUGGCGAAUCCGGGCCUCCAACACCAAGCUGGUGUGCGCGGUGGGCAGCCGCAACGGCACGGAAGAAACCAAGCUGCUGGUGCUGGACUUUGAUGUGGACAUGAAGUGAAAAUGUAAGUGGUGGGAGGGUGGAGAAAAAAAAAAGUGAAGAGGACUGGACAGAGGGAAAAGGAGGCCAAAGCCCAGAACGCUUCACCCACACUCGAGCUCCUUACCUUCAAAUGCCACCAUGAGAGGGUGGUCCUGUCCUCCUCCAUCAGCUUCCCCAUUGGGCAAAUGUUACUGCUGAAGCCUCAGCCCCGCCUCCUGUAUGCGGCGGAGCGGAAGGAAUGGGCUGCAAAACGGGUAGCAGGUCGGUCCCUCAGUAGGACUGAAGAGUGAACUGGUUUGACGUGACUCUCCACCCUUUUAGCUUGGGGCAGCUUUGCACAGAGACUUGGUUUGAGUCAAGCCUGACAGAUUUUGACAUGUACAGAGAUAUAUUAUUUU